UUCUUCUAAUCACAAGCAUCGUGGUUGAACGAAUUGCCGCCAAAGUGAAAGUUUCGAACGUACUUGAGACCAUUCCUUAUCCACCCCCUCAAGGGACUACUCAUAAGUGUUGAACAAUACAAAACCACAAUGGAUUGAAGUCCUUUGCGUACGUGGAGAAGGCUUAGGCCACCAAAGUGUUUUGCACCGUCGGCCAAGAGACAAUUCAUUGGUUAGGUAAUUGAUAAUCUUAAGACCUAUCUAUUGGGAAAGCCAUCAUGAGGCCGGUGGCGUUGGUGCCACCGCUGAUGUUGCUUCUGGCAGCAUCAGUCCUCUCGCAACCAGAUAAGGACCUGGAGACGUUGCCCGAGAGGAAGCUCUUGAGGAUCAAUGGGGACAUUAUCCUGGGUGGCAUCUUCCCCAUGCACGAGCAAGUCAGCGGGAAACCACAUUCCCCAUGCGGUGCCGUCAAGGAAGAGAAAGGUGUGCAGCGUCUGGAGGCGAUGCUCUACGCCAUCGACGAGAUCAACAAAAGCCCCGACCUGCUGCCGAACAUCACCCUGGGUGCCCUCAUCAUAGAUUCUUGCAGCAGUGACACGUAUGCCCUGGAACAGUCCAUGGAGUUCGUUCGGUCCUACAUGAACCAAGUGCUUACAACUUACAUAACUCUUAUGUAAAAAGAAUAUGGACAACGUUAAUUUAAAAAAAAUCAAGAUU